GGUUGACGGUCUGGCCAAGAAAAAUACCCGCCAUACUAUAGAGUCUACUGCUCAUUAGAUCUAAUUACUAUUACAAGUCAUGUACAAGCAAGAAAUGAGGUCUGUAUUGUACCUGCUAGAUCUAGCCAUUUCUCUGACUCUACUUGUUGCAAGAAUCAGAGGAAAUCCAGCUGAAUGUUUCAAUAAUGCAGAAUUUGGUUGUUGUGGGACAGCUGUUGUCCGAGGUUCAGGUCCUGAGUGCUGUGAUGAUGGAUUCUUGUCCUUUAGUACACUAGGAGCCGAUGUCUGCCAACUGUGCUCUGGCAAUGUGAUUUGCUCGGCUGCUCCUAACUGUACUGAUCCGUUUGAUCCCAGCCAAGCUCAUCAGAGCAGUGUUGAGUGUUGUGCUACUGGCGGUGGAGUGGCUUACACUGACUCUACAGGAAUAUGUUUAGUUUGUCCCACUGCCAUCACCGGUUGCUAUAGCGAGGCUAGUGAGAAUGCGUGCAGAGGAGACACCAUUCCCCUAACUGCGACUGGGUCAGCUGCUGCUCAAGUCAGGGAAUGCUGUCUCAACACGCCUGGACUCUCCUACAACCUACUGGAAGAAUGUAUCGACUGUGUCGCGUAUGGAUUUCUAGAAGAGAGGCUAGAAGAUGUUGAAAGAGGGCAAGGCUAUUCCAUUGGUAUUGGGUACAUUAAACGACCAGUGAGUGUUGGCAACCUUAUCAGAGGAGACAUCUUUGUAGCUGAUGGUGGAACAGCAGGUAUCAACAGAGAUUUUCAGAUCAGCUCCAACAGAUACACAGUUCGCCCAGGCGUGAAUGAAGAAAUAAUCAUUACGUAUCGUGUGGACUUUAUUGCUCAAGAACCUGUGGAGACAGCCCAACUUAAGCUAGCUAUCUCUACAACGCCACCGAGAGGAAUGCUGACCCGUGACACAUUCAACGUGGUUGUCAUCGACAAUGAUGUGGUAAUAUUCCAGCUGGCAGAGAAUGAUUUUCGAUCCAGUGAAAGUGAGCUUAAAAUCAACGCUCCAGUGAUCAAGAAUCUCCGUAUUGCCAGUCCAGUAGUGCUCCUCCUAACACCGUACACUGUUGACCAGGCUUUAGCAGCUGAUGUACCUCCUCUUCCCCAAGUACCACCUGAUAACAACCCACAAUUUUCCAAUCGUGCUAAAAAUGACGAUAACGGUCGUGGAGACUUUUCAACUGACGUGAUUACUGUAAGAUUUGAGGCUGAUGAAAUUGGGAGUCCAAUAAACGAUGUUUUUGUACAAGUUCCAAUAUUUAACGAUGGCAUAGAAGAAGCCAUAGAAGAGGUGUUUGUGAUCGACCUGACGCUAAACUCGUCCAUUAAUAGUCAGAUCAGUAUCAUACGUCGAAGCUCUCUCUGCAGAAUUAACGAUGAUGAUGGUAUGGAAGCUGACUGUUUCAGUAAUGCAGACUUUGGUUGUAGUGGGACACCAGCUGCCUCAGGUUUUGGUUCUGAAUGCUGUAAUGAAGGAUACUUGUCCUUUAGUACACAAGGAGCCAAUGUCUGCCAACUGUGUUCUGUCACUGUUAGUCAACCGGUGAGGUUGCCCCAGGACUUUCGACUGACGACCAGGAACCUCCUCGCCCCCACGAAUGGCUUUGAGUACUUGUGUGUUGUGAAUGUUGAUCUGACAGCUCAAGUUAAUCUGACAGCUCAGUAUGAGAACGAAAACUCCAUCCUGUGUACAGUGGGAAGUGGGCAACUCACACUUUCUGCUGGGGUCGGCAGUUCUUCCGUGGUUGUCAUUGUGAUCUUGUUGAUGAGUACACUCAUCAGCACCAUGCAACUAACUGCAGUGACGUUGUAUGAUUGUCGUAAUUUGGCCAGUGGAUGUUCAGAAUGUAUUGCGGCAGAGUUUGCAUGUGUGUGGUGUGGGAGUAGUUGUGAGGUGAUGCAGGAGUGCUCCACUGAUCAUUUCGUUAUUGAGGGGAACAAUUGUCCUGUCCCUGUCAUCAACUCGUUCACUCCAAUGUCCGGACCAGUUGAGGGUGGUACAGCAAUCACUGUAAACGGCACUGACCUCGGAGUGACCUUUGCCGACAUUCAGAGCGCCAAUCUUACAUUAGGAGGUGUGGCCUGCUCUCCCAUCAACACUGGCUACAUGCCAGGCCGCCAAUUUGUCUGUUUGACCACCAACUUAGGGACUGGAGGGUCCAAAAACUUCUUUCUGACCAUUGGCUCUAGAGAGGCCACUGUACAUGUUGGCUCCUUCACUGCUGUGUCUCCUGCUGUCAAUAGUGUGACUCCAACCUUUGGACCCAGGGCGGGGGGGACAACAGUGGCUGUGAGUGGGACUGGACUGGACGUGGGUAACCAAGAGGAGACUAGAGUCUCUCUAGAAGUCAGCGGGUCAAGCUAUGUCUGCAAUGUGUUAUCUAUCCAGUCUCACGAGAUUCGUUGCACUACCACAGCAGCAAACCUCUCCUCCGAUGCAAUGGUAGUGGUAUCCAUUGAUUCUGCCAGAGUCAAUAAUUCAGGAGUGGUCUUCAGUUAUCGUAACAACCCCAAUGUGAUUAAUGUGUCUCCUAGCAACACGAUUUCCAGUGGAGGCAUCACGUUAACUUUUACUGGAUUGAACUUGGACGUGGUACAACAGUCUGUGUUGGAGGUCUACCAGCCAAUGGGGGCUCCUCUGAGGAGCAACUGCAGUAUGGGAGAGAGUACCACCUGCAGUGUUGUGAACAUUACCACCAUCACAUGCUCCACUCCUGACCUGUCGGCAACCUCGCUGACCGCAUUGGACUACGCACUAUUGUUCGACGAUGUCCCACCCAUCACACAAGCACAGUAUCCCAUCAGCAUUCAAUCAGAUCCCUCUAACUUCAGACUGGAGACAUCUCAGGUCCCUAGUGGCACAGAGACCAUCAUACGUAUUGUGGGUGAUAAUCUCGACUCAGUAGAUACCAGUGAGAUACGAGUGACCGUGGGAGGGGAGGAGUGUGUCCAGACUACCAGUGAGAGAGUUAGUGACAUAUUCUGUACUGCCCCCUUGGAGCCACCAGGAGGGGAAAACCCUGCCAUCUUAAAUGUGACCGUUGGGAACAAUAUCGCUCAAACAUUGGUUGAGGGACUGGCUUACACAGUUCCUGUGGUGACAGUCCCUGCAGUGGCGGUUUCUGUGACUACUGGAGUUCCUCUGGAGAUCAUCAUCCCAUUUAGUGUCAUCAUCGUUAUCUUUGUACUGGUCGUAUGUGUACUGAUGAUAGUUUUCAUCUGCUUCUAUCUAAACUCUCGAAGGAAGUCCGUGUCAAUUGCUAGGCACCAACAAAACAUGGAGCUCGUGGGUACUGGGAUAACUGAAGAGGUAUUUGAUGGCAAUACUGCACUCAUUAAAUCAGAACUCGAUGAAAUUGCUAAGUCCAUCCCAGACUCAUUCAAAAUACCAGCCUCAAUAUUGAAACUCUCCAGUACUGCAAUUGGGCAAGGUGAAUUUGGCAUCGUGUACAAGGGCGUCCUGACAGACUGGAACAGUGUACCUAUGCAGGGGGUGGCCGUGAAGACAUUAAAAGGUCUGUUCUCAGUGUCGGAUGUUCAGAGCAUGGUGUGUGAGGUGAACAAGAUGCAGGACUUCCACCAUCCUCAUGUCAUGUCCCUGAUUGGGGUGUGUCUCGAUGCUGGCCCCGGCAUUGCCAUAGUGAUGCCAUAUAUGGCCAACGGGAGCCUCUUUGACUAUCUCAAGAGAGAGAGGGGCAGUCUGGAGCUGGACGAUGACUGUGAGAUUGAUCAGAUUCUGACAGUGAGGAAACUGCUACUAAAGAUGUGCCAUCAAAUAACACUGGGAAUGGCCUACUUGGCCGAGCAGAAGUUUGUCCAUCGAGACCUUGCAGCCAGAAACUGCAUGUUGGACUCGGAAGGGGGUAUCAGGGUGGGGGACUUUGGUCUGGCUGAGGACGUCUAUGCUAGCGGUUACUUCAGACAGAACGACCGAGCCAAUGCAAAGGUCCCCUACAAAUGGAUGGCCUUGGAAAGUCUCAAUGAUGCCAUCUUCACAGAGAAAACUGAUGUGUGGUCGUACGGUGUGACUGUGUGGGAAGUCUUCAAUGGAGGACGGACCCCCUACCCUGCCGUGGACCCGCUGUCCCUCAUCCAGGUGCUGGAGGAGGGGCGGAGACUCGAGAGACCUCUAAAUGCAGCCUGUGCCACCGAGAUUUCUGUGGUGAUGCGUAAGUGUUGGAGGGAGGACCCAGAGGAGAGGCCAACCUUCUCACAACUGUCCUCCAUUGUGGAGAGGCUACUGACAGCCAUUUCUGGCUAUACUGAGCUCGGUAUGGUGCUGGUGGACACCAGUCAAGAGGAGGAGGAGCUCAAAUAUGACUACAUACCCCCUCCCAUUGAAGUCCAUCACUAUGGCAACUUUCCGUCAGCUGACCCUAUAACAACUGGGAACAGUGCUUACGGCCUUGGGGACAAUCAAGAGAUGGAGGAGCUCAACAAUGUGCUUACGUUGAUGCUCACUGAAUCCCCUCAUCACUAUGGCGAUAUUUCGUUAGUGGACCCUCUAACAACUGAGAACAGUGCUUACGGCCUCAGGGACAGUCAAGAACUCAACAAUGUGCUCACGCUGAGGCCCCCUCAUCACUAUGGCGAUGUUCCGUCAGUAGACCCUCUAACAACUGAGAACAGUGCAUAUGGCCUCGGGGAAGAAAUUACUACUGUAACAACAGACAAUUAAUGCUUUAAUUUAUACUAUGUGGUAAAAGUCGGAUGGUUACAUGUCCUGUACUUAUAGUUCACCCGUCUAUAUUGCAAUUCACAAUAAACUUUUUGUAGGAGCUUUUCCAAGUCGUUAUAGAUAUACUGUGAUAGUCAG